AUGGUGACCAAGAUCGAUAAGAUGGGUGGGGCCCAACCAGAAGAGGACGGCCAGGAUGUGACAGCGGUUGCCUCAAGCUCUGCCGUCGCUGGCACUGAUGACAUGUUGUCACUCGGCCAGGUUGACCAGGCCCUGGCAACGAAAAUGCAUCUUGUCAAUGACGCAAUCGAUGAAAUCGGGUUUACUCCUUACCACACGAAGUUGUUCUUUCUCAACGGAUUCGGCUACGGAGUUGACUCACUAUUACUAUUCCUUAUGAGCAUAUCCGCCGACCAGGUGGUGGCUCAGUACCCUCCGAAAUUUACCAGGGGUGCUCAACUGGGCUUUUAUCUUGCAUUGCUAGUGGGUGCCUUAUUCUGGGGUAGCACAGCCGACAUCAUAGGUCGAAAAUGGGCCUUCAACUUUUCUCUGUUCACCAGUGCGAUUUUUGCCAUCACCGCAGGAGCUGCGCCGAACUACCCGGCCUGGGCUACUUUGGUCGCAAUUUCGGCUUUCGGCUCUGGAGGAAAUUUGGUGCUUGACACCACUGUCUUUCUCGAAUAUCUCCCCUCGAACAAGCAAUGGCUCCUCACCCUUCUAGCGGGCUGGUGGGGAGUUGGGCAGACUGUGGCCGGUCUGGUCGCCUGGCCAUUCAUGUCAAACUACAGCUGCCCCACGGAUGGCACUGUUCCGUGCACCAAUGCCAACAACAUGGGAUGGAGAUACCUAUUCUACACCUGCGGAGCUAUUGUCUUCGUCCUCAGUAUUGCUCGAGUACUCGUGAUACGAUUCCACGAGACCCCAAAGUUUCUUCUCUGCCAAGGCAUGGAUGAAGAGGUUAUUCAAACGCUCCAGAAUCUAGCUCGGAAGCAUCAUCGACCUUGCCAGCUCACCCUAGAGCAACUCCAAGCCUGUGGCCAGAUUCGCAGCGCCCAUGCCGAAAAUAGAGCCUCCUUUUCUGAGUUGGUUGUGCACGUGCGAGGGCUAUUCUCGACCCGAAUCAUGACUCUCUCAACGUCACUCGUGUGGUUUUCAUGGGCACUUAUCGGGCUAGGGUACGCUUUGUACUAUGUUUACCUACCUGAGUACCUGGCGUCUCGAAACGCCUCGGCUGGGGAGACUUCACCUAAUCUCACAUGGCGCAACUAUGCAAUUACCAAUCUCUGCGCCAUCCCUGGUCCAAUAAUUGCAGCAUUCAUGUCAGAGGUUCCCAUUCUUGGGAGACGAUGGACAAUGGCCAUCGGCGCAUUCAUCACAAUGGCUUUCUUCUUCGGCUAUACCGCGGUUCGUACAAGCGCACAAAAUCUGGGAUUUGCCUGCGCAAUCUCGAUUACAAUCAACAUGUACUACGCCACACUCUACGCGUACACUGUCGAGAUCCUACCGUCCGCGCACCGAGGUACCGGCAAUGGCAUCGCUGUUGCGCUCAAUCGGCUUAUGGGCAUGGUAUCGGCGUUGAUUGGUGCCUUUACGUCUACUGCCAGCUCAAUCCCGAUUUACGUGUGUGCUGCGCUUCUAGGAAUGGCCGGAGUUCUUGCCGUGCUGUUCCCUCUCGAGUCCCGUGGAAGGCACAGCAUUUGA